AUGAUACCAUUACUUUUUUACAUAUCAUUACUACCCUCCCUACUCUUGGCCCUUCCAGUUCAAUAUAAUUAUGAGCUUGAUAUUCCUUUGCCGGACUUCUUCAAAGUUCCUCAGAUUCCCCUCAAUAGUGAAGAUGUCCAGUUAGUAUCCCAGUACGUCGACGAACUUUCCGCAAUCACCAACUCCACGACCAUAAGCAAGUGCAACAGAUGUAUCAAUGAGCUUAACAUCGCCAAAUCUAUUGCGUUAUCCAAAAAUUAUUUGGUGCCUCCGGUUUUCACUCAAUGGUGCAAGCGCAACAAGAUCAUGUCCAACAUCAAUUGUGAAAUGACUUACGGAAGAGUCACCGUCAAUGCCUCUACUUCUGGUGGUGAUUUCGGGAACUUGAUGACGUUAAUGGAGCCAGAAGAGAUUGACGGACAAUAUUAUUGUUAUUAUAAGAGAAGCUCGGCUUGUCCUUUACCUGAUACAAUGGAUUUUGAUAUCGAUGAGUGGGUGACUACUCCAAAACCCCAAAACGCGGUAGAACCACCAACCAGUGGAGAAACUUUCAACGUGUUACACAUUUCUGACCAUCAUCUUGAAUUGGCCUACCAACUGGCGGCGGAGUCGAAUUGUACUGAUGCAGGAAUGUGUUGCACCAGUCAUAAUUAUAAUGAUGAGCAAAUCCCACAAGAAUUUUAUGACACUUAUAUCCAAAACAACUAUUCAUCAGUCUAUGAAAAUUCUUAUUACGCCGAAAAUGGGACUUUUAUCAAAGGUGCACCAAUUACCGAAAAAAAUAUGUCAACUUGGCAACCGGCAACACUGUUCGGGACUUAUUAUUGUGAUUCUCCAGAAACCCUUGUCAAUAGUUCCCUUAAGUCCGUGAAUGAUUUUCAAAAAGAACAUAACAUCUCGUUUGAUUUCGCCAUUUUUACUGGAGAUCUUGUUGAUCAUCUUGAAACACAGUACCUGAGUUUCUCGUACAUUGUGGAAGAAGAAGAAAGAAUGCUCAGAGACAUGAAACAUUGGUUCGGAGAUAUCCCAGUGUAUUCUCUGAUGGGGAACCACGACACUUAUCCAUAUGGUCAAAUUGCUCAAGAAGCUUCAGGAUUCGAUAAUAAAUAUACUUGGAAUUCCGACCUUAUGGCUCAUCUUUGGAGCGAUUUCGGAUGGAUCGAUAACCAAACCGCUCAAGAGGUUAGAUCACAUUAUUGUGGGUUCUCCGUGAAGGCCAAACAGGGAUUACGUAUCAUUUCUAUCAAUAGUAACACUUACUACCAAAAGAAUCUUUAUUCAUAUUGGAACAUGACCAAUCCUGAUACUUUUGGAACUCUUAGAUGGCUUGCAAGUGAGCUUUCGAUGGCAGAACAAGCUGGCGAAAGAGUAUGGAUCAUGAGUCACAUUCCAUUCAAUGACUAUGAUGCUCUUCCAAUCCCUGCCAAAAUCUAUUCCAAGCUUGUCGCCAGAUUUUCUCCCCACGUUAUUGCCGGGAUCUUCUUUGGUCAUACCCACAUUGAUCAAUUCAGUGUGUUGUACGCCAGUGAUGGUAAGGAACUUGGGGACGAAACCGCUUUCGCUUGGGUUUCCCAAUCCGUCAGCCCUAUUUGGUACCAUAAUCCAGGCUGGAGAUGGUACGAAAUCGAUGCUAAAACCUAUAGUGUGAUGAAUUCUCAUAAUUAUUAUUCUCAACUUGCUGACACUUUGAAUAACGAUGGGGCCGAACCUCAAUGGGAUCAUUUGUAUGACGCUAGAGAAACUUAUGAUUUGGACGGUACUUGGCCAAGUGAUGCUCCAUUGAACGCUACUUUCUGGGGGAAAGUGGCUCACGCAGUUAGAGAUGACAACUCUACAGCUCAGAUGUUUGGAAUCUAUUCGGUGAGAGACUCGCCAGAAAACCCAGAUUGCAGUAAAGGCGACUGUGCUGAUUUCUGGUGCUAUGCCAGCAGUUUCACGAGAGUAGAAUAUGACGCUUGUAUGAAAAGUUCCUAA